CUUACUAGAGAACAACAACAAAACACUUUUGUUUGGAAGGAAAAUGUUCACCGUUCUGGCGUUCUCCUAAUUAUCCAGUCGGCCGGAAUUAGUCCCCCAAAAAUUGGAGCUCUGCAACUGCAAAUCCUUUUCUUUUUCCAGUCACUGAAAGUCCCGCCGCCGUCAGCCAAAAUCUUCCGCGCGACUGCCGAUCUCUCUUCAUCUGAUUACAGUCGUGAAUCUCCUUAUUAUUCCUGCGUAUGGUUUGAGUUAAUUUUCGCAUCUUCCUGCUCUGCCUUCGUCUCUGUUUGACUACGGAUUGCUUCUAUUCGUCAUUUCAUCAUUUGAUCGAUCGAUCGAUCGAUUGAUUGUUUGUUCUUUAUGUAAAUAGGUAGACAGCGGCUGAUGGGAAGAACAAGGAGAAUUCUCAACGACUUGGACGGAGAAGACGACAGUUGGGUGAUUGUGAAAAGGCAGCGAGUCACCAUCUAUAUUCCUCCGCCACCGGAUGCUGAGAAACCCCCACCGGUGUUGCCGUCCCCUGCACCUACCAGUGAGAAAGCCACGCCUGCAGAAAUUGUGAACGCUGGUGAAUCAACGGAUGCUGCUUGUGCGAGGAUCUCGCCCGAGGAGGCAGAUGUGGUUCGAAUGGAUCACGGUAGGGCUGGUACAACUGCCACUAUGGUAGGAGUAUCAAGAACAUCAAGAAAUGUCAAGCAGCCGAGACUGUUUUUGCCUAGGCAGAGUAUAUUCGACAGUGGGGCGGCAUUGAACCAGACGCUGAGGGCAUCGCUCGUGGAGAGGAAGAUCGAGAAGGCUGGUGGGUUGAGCAACUGGUUGGCGUCGCUAGGGUUGGGUCAGUUCGUGAGGAUCUUCCGCGACAGGAGCGUUGGUAAGUUUCAGCUGGUGAACCUGACAAUGAAGAAGCUGAAAGAUAUGGGCGCUGAUGCUGUUGGUCCAAGGAGGAAGCUGAUGCAUGCUAUUGACUGCAUUUGCCAGCCAUACUGCUUUGGUUCCAAGUGAAAAAGUCUGUCCAGUACGAUUUUACUUCUUUUGUUCGUGGUACUUCUUCACUAAUUAGCCUAAGAAGAACAAUAGACUGUUGUCACUCCUGUGCGAAAAUUACAGGG